AUGACAAGAUGUGGGGAGGCUGGUGAUCACGAUGAGGGAAUGUGGGCGGACAGGACAGAGAAGAUAUGGUUCAUGUCAUACCUGCCCCUCUUCCUCCGGGAAACCAAGCCGGAUCUAGAUUCCAAAUCCAAGUCCGAGAACAAUAAGAAGAGGCAAAGGGAAAAUCGUCAACCACCAUGGGAGAUGAUGAUAUGCUCCCGGCGGCGGGCUGGCGGGCGCACUAUCCCAAACCGCACCAGCCCCCAUCCAGUCCUCAAUAGACUUACGCCGUUGGAUCGGGAGGAACAGAGCAACUGCAGGCUGCGGCACGCGAAUAAUCGUACCGAACAGCAAGCACAAUCAAACCAUGCUUGA